AUGGAUUUAUUUUAUAUUUUAUUUUUUCCAUUUUCCCUACUUUAUUUAUUUCACCUCAUUUUCCUGCAAAACCCUAAUUUCAUUUUCGUUGAAGAAAUUCUGCAAUCCCCUCGAAAUUUUAUUUUUUUGCAAUUUUUCUCUGUAAUUUUUGCAACUUUGAUGUUAAUUUUCAGUAACACAAAAAACCCACCAUUGAAGCUCUGAGCAUUCUAUGCAAUGCUGGAGAUUUAAGCCACAAAACCCACCAAAAAUUUGCAAAUCUUUGAAGAUUCAAAGCAAAGUUUGAAGCUUUUGUGUUUUCUUGAAGCUUAACAAGCUUUUUUGAGCUCAUUUUCUCCUAAAAACCCUGAUCUGUAAGCUGAUUUUGUGUUUUUUUGUUGUAUACCAAGCACUUGAACUUGAAAAAGUUCUGAUUUGUCGUGUGUGUUAAGCUCUAGGGUUUAAGGUCUUUUUGAAUGAUCUAUGAAGUGAUGGAGGCAAAAGAAGGAAUAGCAGUAAGUUCAGGUGUAACAGUUAAGGCAGAAGAAGCUCCUGAUGGCUUCAGGGUGGCACCCAGAAAUGAGAAUUCUAGCCCUAGUCCAAACCCAAACCCAGACCUAAACCAGAACAAUAACCAUAACCCGAACCCGAACCCGAACUCUAACUCUAACUCGAACCCUAGUCCAAACCCUGAUCCUGGACAGCUUGGUGCCCCACAGGUGGGUGCCUCUCCUGUGAGUGCGGUCGGUACUGAUACUGCGGGCAAGAAGAAAAGGGGGAGGCCUAGAAAGUAUGCCCCUGAUGGUACUUUAGCUUUAGCGUUGUCACCAAUGCCAAUAUCGUCCUCUAUUCCGCUUACCGGAGACUAUUACGCAUGGAAAAGGGGUAGAGGGCGGCCACUGGAGUCAGUGAAGAAGCAACAUAAUUAUGAAUAUGAGAGCACAGGUGACAAAAUUGCAUACUUUGUUGGCACUAAUUUCAUGCCCCAUGUGAUCACUGUUAAUGCUGGCGAGGAUGUGACAAUGAAGGUCAUGUCCUUUUCGCAACAAGGAGCUCGUGCUAUAUGCAUUCUUUCUGCAAAUGGGACUAUCUCUAAUGUUACACUUCGUCAACCUACUUCUUCUGGUGGUACUCUAACAUAUGAGGGUCGUUUUGAGAUACUUUCUUUAUCUGGAUCAUUUAUGCCCUCUGAAAAUGGAGGAACGAAGGGCAGAUCUGGUGGGAUGAGUGUCUCUUUGGCAGGUCCAGAUGGUCGAGUUGUGGGGGGAGGACUUGCUGGUCUGCUGGUAGCUGCUGGUCCUGUGCAGGUUGUCGUGGGCAGUUUUCUACUAGGUCAUCAGCAGGAGUCAAAGCACAAGAAGCAGAGAAUUGAACCUGCACUGGCUGUCAUUCCAGCUACUAUUCCAGCUACAAUCAAUGUGAUCUCCCCAGAAGAAAUGAAGGGGUCUUAUGGUGGAGUAAGACCUAUUGCCAUACCAUCUCCAUUACAUGGAGACAACCCAGCUUCUCUUAACCCCAUGCAAGCCUAAAUAGGGAUCCACCUGCUGAUAACAGAACUUCACUUCAUGAUGGAUCUAAAGGUCAUUACCAUUCAAACUGUGAGGUCUCCUACUGAUGAUGUCUGUAUCUACAUUGUUUUACUGCAGAUACCACAGCAUUUCUGCUGAUUCAAACUUAGAGAAAUAUAAACCCGUCGGCUAUUCAUUGAGAAAUAUUCAGGGUUUAACAUCAUAUGGAUUUUAACCCAGAAGUGUACUCUCUUUUGUUAGCUUUAGGCAGGACUUGCAUUAGUUUAGCAUCUUUUUCUGCUGUUGUAAUCUUGUGUUUUGUAGCGUUGUGUUGUCGCUUUUUAGCUGUAUGAAAACUGGUGUGCCAUUGGUCUGAUUUUAGUACUCUGUAACCGUACAAAUUUAAAUGGAUGAUAUUUUGGUCA